AUCUGUCAUCUGUCAAAAAGUGUAAACAACCGAAAUUAAAACUUGUUAAAUCGUUUUUCACACCAAACUACUCGUUAACACUUCGCAUAAUCAAUAAAAUCAUGGAAACGAAAUCCGCCCCUUCAUUCUGGUGGUUGAAAACCCCCAACACCACCACCAAAGAAGAAAACGCCAAUAACCUCACAAUCCCCAAACUCGACUUGGAAAUCUCAAACUCCCUCGCCGAAUUCCUGGAAAAAGAGCAAAACAUCCUCAACAGCAACCACGAAGACGUCGGGAGCAUAAUCGAGGAGAUCAACAGAGUGGCCGCCCAAAGCCCCUUGGGGCCCUUCGAGCGCUCCACAGGGGAGCGCAGCAUCGACGACAUUAUGCGGGAGGCGGAGAAGAUCUACAUGGAAAGUUCGAAAAGCUUCGAGCAGUUGAGUCAACGCUCGAAAACGUCCCAAAACAUCACAGAUUUGAGCAAGAACUCGACACCCACACCCAGGAGCGUGAGCCCCCUUCCGAACGACGAGAGCGAAAGCGAGACGUAUAGUGAGGACUUCAGCGACGAGAGUAAAAUGCAGUCCCCUGAGAAAAAUGAAGAAAAUAACGAGGAAAAAGACCAAGAAAUACAAGAAGACUUGAUAAAGACGCUCCAGGAGGAUAACAAGCAACUAAGAGAGGACAUUCGACUUGUUAGGGCUGAAUUGCAAAAAACCAGCAGCCUUCUCGACCAAACCAAAGCGGCCCUUAGUGCAAAAUCGUUAUGUUCACCCGAAAUAAACCUCGAACUCGAGAAAACCCUCGAAGAAUUGAAAGAUUCCAAAGAAAUAAACACAGCCUUACAAUUACAACUCGACACAAUUAAUAAAACACAUUGCCUUUUGAAAAAAUCCUACGACGAUUUGCUCAUCUCAAAUAAGAAUCUCGAACGCAAACUCGCCGAAUUAGACACAAAUUUGACCAAAUAUAAAACCGAAAUUGUCAAUUUACAAAAUGAGAAAGACAAACUGGUCGAGAACGAAAGCAAUUUAAACAAACUUUUAGAAAUUGAAAAACUCCAAACGAAAAGUUUGAAAUUACAAAACGAGAAAGACGCAAAAUGCAUUCAAGAUUUGAAUCGACAAAUCAAAGAAAUGGAAAGGAUCAUCGCAAGGAAACAUCCGGAUUCGGUUUCGGCAUUGAUCGUCGCGGCGAAAAACGACGCCACUGAUUCGAAUCUCACUGCAAGAAAAAUCCUCGAAGAUCGAAUUAAAAUCCUCGAAGAGGAAGCAAUGAAUCGCGAUACACAAUCAUCGAGGAUUUUCCUCGAUAUUCAAGAGAAAUUCAAUCAAAUGAAAUUGAAAUACGAGAGUCACAUUGAAGAUCUUGAAUUGCACGUCAAUGAUCUCAAAAAUCAGUUAAAAAGACGAAAUAAUGACACUUUCGAUGUUUAUACUCAAACUAUAACCGAUGAAACGAAAAUUCCCCAAAAAGAUACUCACACGGUUUCGGUUCAAACCGAACAGAAAUCGGUUAAACGAGCAGAGGUUAAAGAAGAUGCACAUUUAGUUGCAACGAUAAGAGGUUUGCAAACCGAUUUGAGUAAUAAGGAGAAAGUUGUUGCGAAGUUGCAACGUGAAUUGGAUGAGUUGCGUAAAACGAAUAGGAAGUUGCAAAAGGAGCGUGAAGGGAGUUUGAGGAGUUUGAAGGAGUUUCGAAGUUAUCCGGAGAAGUUGUCGUCGCAGGUUAAAACUCCAGUCGAUGAGGAGGAGAUGAAGGUUUUGAGGGCCGAAAGUGAGAAAAUGAAACAACAAUUGUGUCGGAUUGAGGAGGAUUAUCAAGCCUUGAAAACAAAGCGAUUGCAUGAUUUGAGUGCUUUGCAAGAAGCACACGAACGUGAAAUUGCCACUUAUAUUACGAGUGUUACUCCGUUAAGAGAGCAACUUGAGUUGCAACAAGUUUCGCUUUCAACGUUGCAAAGUCAAUUGAGUAAAACUAAAGAAGAGUUGAUGAUUAUUACUGUUGAAAGAGAUCAUUUAAAACAAAUGGCGGAUAAGAGUGAAAUAUGGCGGCAAGGGGACACCCCCGAAGUUGAAGCUUUGCAAAAAAAGGUUGCAUUUUUAGAGAAACGCUACGAGGAGCGCGAGUUUCGGUUAAGAGCGAUUGUUCAUGGUUUAGCACAAAAGAACGUCACUAAUCGAAGUUGUGAACAAUGUGCCGAAAGACAGAAGCAAUUAAUUGGAUACAAAAUCGAGCUAGACCAACUUUUAGCGACUUUACGAGCAUUGAAGUAAAGUACAAUUAGUCUAGUCAUUUACUUAUAUAAGAGUGUUUUUUACGUAUUUACAGAGUGCAACGUACUUCCAUUUAUUUUUUAAUUUACUUUGCUUCCAAUUGUUAUGCCAAAGAAAAAUAAAACAAUAUUAUUUAAAUCAUGUUAUAACAG